UAUCACAUCAACUUAAAAACUGACACAAGUACACACACAAAACACUUUUACAUAAAAGCCAAACAAAAAAACACUAAAAAACACUAAAAAACAAAAAAAUAUAAAAAAAAUGGUAAAAAGGAAGAGUAAGGACCUGGACACCAAACCCAAAGUGGAUCUAAUUUCGGAGGAAGAGUGGUUGGCCCGAAAAAAUACAUACAUGCAGCGUUUGGCGGAUGUCAAGAUAAGUGUAGGCUUUAUUGAAGAGGCCAUUGAGGAGUAUAAGGAGCUGCAGACGAGGCAGUUGCAGGACGACAAGUGGAAUAAUUAUCUAGCCUGCGAUGGUCUUCCGAAACCAAAUAAUGCCGCCGACAUCAGGAAAUUCAUCUAUCAGCUGAGAUAUUUAGAGCAGGAGGCCUGCAAAAAUGAUAUCAGCUGGGUGUUGCUGGUGGACGAGCGCAGUAUUUUGUCACACGCACCUGGUCGAAAGGAUAUAACCUGGAGAAACUUGGAGAAAACAAGGCCAAAUAUUGGAAAACUCUAUGAUGAUAAUAUAAUGAGUUUCCUGGAAACACUUAGAAGAGUGGAUAGGGUACUUCGAAAUAAUACUGAACUGCUUCGGAUAUCAAACUUGCAGAUCAUUGAAUUGUACCUGAUACCUUCUGAACUGUACGCUGAGAUUGAAAAGUUUUUUGAUAGGUUCACUUACCGUGUAAUCUGUACGCCUGAAGCUUUUAUGAUAAACAAGGACAGUAUUUUUUCCCACUACUGCUACAACUGCGCAAACUUUAACCUGCAAAUAUGGGGACUGCAGGACGUGCCAAUUCGAUUCAACUACAUGAAGCUACCAGUAAUGAGCACCAAUCUGGACUGCGUUGGUAUGACCCUUCAACUACCACUUAGUGUUCUUUGCGACAAUUUGACCCUGAGGUGUGUGCACACCCUUUUCGAUCCCUAUUCACAAUUGACCAAGGGCUUCGAUCUGACCAUCGAUAGUGCCACUAGCCCCAGUUGUGGUUUAACGGAUAUUAUGGACAGUGUGUUGUCCGAAUGGAUAGCACAGAGUGAUAUACAAGAGGAGUUAAUGAUGCAAAUGAACGCACAGAUGGAGAAGUACAAUCAAGCCAUGGAAGCGAUUGCCCAAUUAGAAGCACAAAAGAAAAAGGACCCGGAAAAUAAAGGAGCGAAAAAGAAAGUCACUAUGAAACCACCUAAAAUGCCGCAGGAAUUACCAGAUGGGAUGCUUCCCGAUCCUUACAAGAUAUUUCUUAAAAAUGAAGAUCGGGAAUGCAUGGAAUUUUUUAGGGAACACUUCCAUCCGGACAAUAUUGAAUUGCUACCCUUUGAGGUAAACCUUCGUCGAUUUAUAAUCAUGGGUGGUGUUAUCUCCCUGUUCUUUGUGCGAAGAGCCAAACAUACCGCCUUCGAGAAGUUCAAUAUAACCCUUCACGAAGAUGGUCGAGUUUUGCGUAGGCAAAUAGAUGUCCUGGAUGAAUCGAAGUUGUCCGAUCCUAUAGAAUUCAAGCGCGAUCCCGAGCUGGAGGAGGGCUCUGAAGUCCCCCUUCACUUGGAACCGGAUGAGUUGCCCUACUAUUUCCUAACUUUUCAGGUGCCGAAACAUUUGUGUCUGUGGGGCGAGCCGUUGGUGUGUCAGUUUGUCGAGGAGGAGAUAGUCCCAGAACCAGAGUUAGAAAUAGAAAUCGUUGAGGAAAGAGUGGAGAGAAGAUCAAAAAAGAUGCGCAAUUUGAACCGAAAAGCAAGCGAACUGGUUGCUCAAAAAGCGACUCCUGGCAAAAGUGUAACUGUGACAAUAGAAAGUCCAGUGGAUAUAGCUAAAUCAAAGAAUUCCUUAUUGGUAGUGGAAAAUGCGUCCAAUAUUUAUCGACCAUCGGCGUUGUCAGUUGUGCGGCAAAGUACUUUCGACCAGGCACGAACCCGCCUCGAAACAGUGAAGGACUUUGAGCUGGAGAGCGAACCACUAACCAGAUGGAGGAUCCAGCAACUCCAGCAGCACUGCCUUCCGCGGUUGAUAUCCUCGUUUAAGUUCCCCCAAGAGUUCAAGGAUGACGAUCUCGAGGCACUGGCCACCAAAAAGGCACCGGGCACUCAGCUUUUGAGAAGACGAGUCGCGGACUCGGUUGUAUCUGACCAGGCUGGGGAUUACUUCUUUAGCUACGAGGAUCAGUCUUUUCCCGAGCGAGUAUACCCAAAGUUUCCCUCGAUGACUUAUCUAAAACUGAACGAUGAAAGGAAGCAAGAUGCGAAACUCACUUCGAUGCAUGGCUUUUUGGAGAAAUUGGAGGACAUCAAGGAGAAGUACCUGGAUGCUCCGAAAAGGAUAGCUGAACAAGCCGUACCGAACGUCAGGUUGAGCAAACGAGUUUUCCAGGACAAUCCUUUUUCGAGACGAUCGGGCAGAGCUAGUACUUACUCGAGAGCCAGUACUUACUCGAGGUCAACCAGACAAUUGGGAUUGGAGGAAGUCGGCGUUAGUGACAGUUUUGACCUAGAUGAUUCGGAAACCAGUGAAACUCCACGAAAGAUAAGAAAAGAGAGUCGGUUAGCGUCAACCAUUGUAGCUCCAGCUCCUGAAACCAAGAAGGUUCUCCACUGGACCACCAAGUUUAUAAUCGAGUCUGAGUUUAACAAAGAGAGCGGAGUUCUUACAAUCAAAACGGAUCGCUUGGGGAACUUUGGGUUCGCAUACCCGCGAUACAUCCACUUUCCCUUUAGCAACUGGGAGCUGGAGAAGAAUGCGGAGAAUGAGGAUGAGAUCAUCUUCACCUUGGACACAUAUUAUGUGCGUGUAGUCUUUUUUGUCACUAAAGAGGGCAUCCGCUGUCAUGCAUUCGAUAUACCCAAGGAGUACAUCGCCAGGCCCAAUAAAUACAUUGAUAUCAAUGAGCCCGUAUCGGACUUCGUUGAGCUGCGCAAGCGCCUUCAGGACAUGAACCUGAAUGUGUUUGCGGAGCUGGACGCUAGUUUCUACAUAGAUCAGGGCUACUUUUCCCAGAAGCACUUGGCUGCGGAGUUGCACGUGUAUGACGCCAUCGCUGUGCACAUUAAGCUCAUGAAGUUCAGCCGCAGCCAAUGGAAUCGAUUGGCCACGGAUCGGGAUAUCGUUCUCUGUCUGCGAAAUAUAAAGGAUGUGCACGAUACAUCGGAGGUCACAAUUCGGGUAACUCCAGAGUUUUCGACCUUCGUGGAGAUCUCGGAACUCUGCUCAGAUGCCCUCGAUGUGAUCAAGCUGUCCUAUAAAAAUACCUGGCGAAACAUUGGGACGUACUCGGAUCUGCACCAGAUAAUCAACUCCAUGUAUCCGUAUGCCACGGAUGAUCGCAACCGGGAUGCUAGACAAAUGUACUAUCUCCGCCAGCUUCUUCAGGAGAUCCGACCUCUGAGCUUCUCCUAGAUCCGCGGACGCUGCUUAAUCAACAACUGUCAAACAAAAAGAGCACAGACCAUAGCGUAAACUUUCAAAUUAACAGCAAUUAAACCCAAUUGCCAAACA